AUGCCCCUAUACUCGUCGCCACCCCCGUUCCGUUCUCCCGAUCAGGACAAGCCGACGCUUCUGGUUUGUUGGUGGAUUACGCUAUUUUGCACCGUCAUAAUUCUAUUACGCAUCGCCGGUCGUUUUAUUCGAUCUGAGAAGCUGUUUAGGGAGGACAAGACGGCCGCCCUAGCUAUUAUUCCGCUCUACCUGCGCAUGGGAUGUGUUCACGUUAUCCUGAUUUACGGGACUAAUAAUGCACACUUGCACGAGAUGACGCACGAAGAGAUGCAUAUGAAGUCCGUGGCAAGUGGCUUGGUGCUUGCUAGCCGGAUCUUCUAUGCGGCAACGCUCUGGACUCUUAAAAGCGCCAUUCUUGAGUUUUUCAAGCGUCUAACGAGUAUCACCUGGAACCGUUCGCACGAAAUCACCUUGAUAUUCAUACGAGUUACUCUAGCUGCGACCUUCGUGGCUGUUCUAAUAGCAGAUUUAACGGAAUGCCAUCCGUUCGUUCACUAUUGGCAAGUUAUGCCUGAUCCUGGAGGACAAUGCCGUCAGGGAUUCGCCCAACUCAUCACAAUGGCAACUUGCAACAUCUUAACUGACCUCCUCCUCGUUUUCUAUCCGAUUCCUAUAAUCCUCACCAGUCAUAUGAGUACUAAGAGGAAGGUCCAACUAACAUUACUGUUUUCUGUGAGCCUGACGGUUGUAGCGAUGACGGGAUACCGUAUUCCUCGCAUAAUCCGCGCGCAUGGAAACCAGCAGUUACGCUCUCUGCUUGCUUCCGUCGAACUUCUUUUCGCUACAGCCGCUGCUAAUACGCUUGUCCUCGGAUCAUUUGUCCGGGAUCGAGGCGUGAAAAAGACCAGAUAUAGACACAACUCCACAACGGCCGAGUCUGUUGACCACUCGAUCGAACGAAGGCCUACGUAUCAAAGGCACUGGGGUAGUGAUGAAGAUCUAGUGAGAGAUUUGGGCCUUGGUGUAGAUCGCGAACUUCAAGAUGCUGCAAGACAACAAAGUCAGGCCGAAAAGCCAACUAGGCCUAUCUUAGCUGUGGAUACUUGGCAGUUUCCCCAACAUCGUCAAAGCAGUGUAGCACUUGAUCUCUUAGACAGGGAUCAAAUUACUGCAUCUCGAAGUAACUCUACCAUAACCCCUCGCAGAGUUUCUUUCUUCGACGUUGGCGGGCUACUCGAUGGAGAGCCGGAUCGAAGUAUACGGGAUAGCUAUAACUCAAACCUUGAACCGCCGUCUCCUCUCACUCUAAGCUCCCCUUCAUCCACGAAGCAAGCGACAAGCAAUGGCUUCCGCCGCGGCUCUCAAGUAAUUUUACAAGAUUUAGGUGGCCUUCUGAAUCCUCUCAACGCCAGACAAUCUCGAUCGAGUUCCAAGAAUGGAACCGAAUUAGAAUCAAUACCUCAGCAUCCCCAAGAAACACUACACGAUCCUACCAAUAGCCGGAACAGUUCAAAUGACACAGAGGUUGACCAAAAAGAUUCGGGGGUUGGCAGUUCCCGUAAGACUUCGUUACGGUGA